AUGGCAGCUGAGUUGGAGGGAGAGGAGGAACCGUCCACGGUGCCGCGCCCGGCCGGAACCGCGGCGGGGCCUUCAAAGCCGGAGUCCUUCCUGCUGAUUUUUAAUGUCAGCAAGAAGCAGAACUUCGGCACCUUGCUGCGAUCCGCCUGUGCCUUCGGCGUCACGGAGGUCUUGGUCGUGGGCGCUAAGAAGAUUGCGACCUUUGGCAACCAGGGCACUGUGGCUCAUGCCAACGUCCGGCACUUCGAGACCCUCCAGGCGGCCAAAGCGGAGCUCUCGAGCCGAGGAGCUCGGAUUUGCGGCAUCGAGAUCGACGAGCGUGCAGAGUCGGUCACCAAGCACCCAUUCACGGGAUCUACCGCUUUCAUGCUGGGCAACGAAGGCGAAGGGAUGUCGGCCGCCCAGCGGGCCGCGUGCGACUUCUUUGUGUACAUCCCGCAGCAUACAGGCGCCACGGCCUCGUUGAACGUGGCCAUCGCGGGGUCCAUUGUUCUUCACCACUUUGCCACCUGGGCACAGAUGGCGGAACACCCCAGGCAGGGCGAGAAGUACCUGGUCGAUUUGGAAGAAGCUCGUCCGACUGACGAAGCGACGGGCGCGACGCGCAGCAUGGCGCAGCUUCUCAGCACAGUUUCCAUUUUCCCCACGGACAGCGCCGAUCUUGGCGGUGAGAAGAUGUUCAUCACCGGUCGAUAG